AUGCUCGCAAAUGACCACAAAAUGAAACUUAGGGUGGCAGAAAAAAGACCACCAAGUUCUUCACUUUCUUACGGAGGUGCAAUGAAUGAUGAUGUAAGAUCUCCGGGCUCAGGAAGUACACCUGGCCCACUCUCAGCACAACCACCUCCUGGCUUAGGCGACCCCGAUCCUGGUAAGUCAACAAAUUUAUUAUUCUUCGUGAACCAAUCAAUUAAGCCAGCGAUCUGUGAAUGA